CUGAGGGGCAAUAGUCUUGAAAUAUGCGCCCAGCAGAAUGGGAUUGCCUUAGAUACUUAUAUUAGGUAGCUAGCCUGCAUAUCCAGUGUACUUUAGUCCUGGCCUCUUUCUCAUCUUUACUUUAAGGACAACUCUUCAAGUCUUUGUCGGGAAUAUAUACUCGAAAUCCGUUCUUCAUAAGUCAUCAGACUCUAAAAUGGCUGCUGAUUCAAGACCGAACAUUAUCUUCAUCAUGGCCGAUGACCAUGCCUCAAAGUCCAUCAGCUGUUACGGUGCUGGAAUCAAUCACACUCCGAACAUUGAUAAGCUGGCGAAGGAGGGGAUGAAGUUUAACCAUUGUUAUGUAACAAACUCCAUCUGCACACCCUCUCGUGCGUCCAUUUUGACCGGAACCUACAAUCAUGUCAACGGGGUUAUGACGCUUGAUAAUCAUAUCAACAAGCAUAUGCCAAACGUUGCAAAGCAUUUGCGCACUGGAGGUUAUCAAACCGCCAUGGUGGGCAAAUGGCACUUAGGUGAGGGCAGAAUGCAUGAGCCAUCGGGAUUUGACUAUUGGUCCGUUCUCCCGGGCCAAGGCGAAUACUGGGAUCCGGAAUUUAUUGAACCGGCUGGAUCGAAGAUCGAAGAUGGCUACGUGACUGAUAUUAUUACGGACAAGUCUCUCGAUUGGAUCCAGGCCCGCGAUGCGCGUCGACCAUUUUUUCUAAUGUGUCACCACAAAGCUCCACAUCGCUCCUGGGAGUGUAACAAUAAGCACAAAAGCCUUUACACGGAUCCAAUACGAUUACCAGACACAUUCACGGACGACUACAAGAAUCGGGCCAAGGCCGCAAAGGUCGCCAAAAUGCGGAUCGUGGAAGACUUGACAUAUCAAGACUUGGGUCUCGUUCAACCAGAGGGUGGGCGAUGGGUGGGUGAGCGCGUCCAGCAAGAGAAAGGUGCUAGCGAGCGCAAGAUCCCCGCCCCUACAGAUGAAGAGUUGGAGAAAUUGCGUCUUGGAGCUGACGAAGAUGCUUGAUUGAGGAAGCUAUCUAGGGGGGAGCUGAACUGAUCUAUCUGGCUACUACUCUGCUGACUAAG